AUGAACCUCCCCACCUCGCAGCCUCCUCAACCGGCACUGCCGUCGCAAAACAUCUCGCGGCCGACCAUCACCUCCCAACGACCCAAGCUCACUCUUCAGACCUCUGCGCUUCCCAAGACCUUUGGGAACUCGAAUACCGGGCUCUCGCUGUCGUUCGUGGCCAAUACAGGUGCCUCGCCAACCGUACGCAACACCUUCCGGAACGCCUACGACUUCUCCGCCCCGUCCUCUGCCACUGCCUCCCCGUCAAAGUCUUCCAACAAACCGUCCAAGCUCUCGACUUCCUCGACCGUGAGCAAUAACAAUAACGCCCCGUACCAGCUCCCGCUCGGGGUCCGAAGCAUCCUCCGCAACUCGCCUCUGGAACCAACCUCGCGGCGGCGCUCGUUGUCCAUUGCCUCCACCGCCGCGACGCGUCGGGUGUUUUUCCCGGCGAAGAAGCAGGUUAGCUAUCGCUACCCUCUGGAGGAGGAAAUCAAGACUGUGCGCUUCACUGCCAGGCACUCGGACAUUCCCGUCGAGUCGGGCUUGAAAACGUCCGCGGCAGCAAGAACACCGGAUGAGCAUGAUGAAGGCUCCGAUUCGAGCUCCGCUGCUUCCUCCUCAUCGUCCGAGUCAGGUACCUCAGACGAGGACUCUAGUGAACGCAAACCUCAGCAGAAAAAACGGAAGAAGCAGAGAACCUUGAGCAGUGAACGCCAGAUCCGUGCCGCUGCCUUGGUCGAUGGACUGGAGGCAGACAACACUGAACCAGUCACACCUCAAACCCCUGUCCGCGGUCAGGCGAAACGCCGCCGUGAGUGGAAAUGGACUCUCGGUCCCACUUCGGGUGGGAGAACCGAGUCGCAGAAAGCAACUACUACUACUACUCCUCCUCCUCCACGUCCGACGAAGACGCCAUUCCAGCAGAGUACCGCCCUGUAA